GAAGCUCCCCCGAGCCCACUUACGGCAGGCACCAUGGUCGGCGCUCGCAAGGGCGCCUUCGCCGAGGAGAGCGCUGAGGUGGAAGUGCUCUUCGCGAACAUGGAGAAGAUGAAGACCUUGACCCGCAAGAUCCAGGCAUCGAAGAACAGGCUGGAGACAAGCGGCAAGGCAGUUCAAGAUGCCAUCACCCCCAUUUAUGGCAAUACCCAGAAGCUACAAGUCAUGAAUUCCAAUGUCGACAGGGUACUGGAUGCGAUUGGGCGGAUGCGAGCACCUUUGGAGCAGACAAACCAGGAAGACAGUAUCAUUAAGAGAGGACUCCAGAAUGUCGACCUCCGCGAUUAUAUAGCGUCUCUCGAUCGUACCAACAUGGCUCUGCAAGAACUCAAUCGCACCAACUUCCGCGCAAACCAAGGUGCCAUCAGCGAAAUGACUGCUCUGCUGAAGCGCGGAACGAAAGAGCUAGAAGACGCCUUCCGUCAGAUACUACAACAGAGCUGUGCUCAGAAGGUCGAUCCCUUGGAAUAUGUGGCAAAGAACAACCCCUUCCCUGUUAUGGAACCGGAUAAACUUUCCACUCUUCGGCUGAUAAACACACACAUCUCCAAUUCCUUUGCGCAGUUAUCUCAGUCUGACGGGCGAGAAACACCGACACAAAGGAUCUAUGCCGAAUAUAGGGGUGAUCACAUGGCCAAAUGUCUGCAAAAUCUAGCGGCAGCUUCCGUGGCUACCACGAGGAAAAUGACAGCAGACGCUAUCUAUAAGAUGGGCACUAAUGGUGUGGGAAUAUACGUCCAAGCCAUGGAAGGCUUGUUUGUCGCUGAAUACGACAAUAUCACCAGCAUCUUCCCUCGGGACGAAUGGACAGCCACGUGCACAAACACCUGUAGCCCCCCUUUGAAGGAUUUUGAAAGGACAUUACGGGACUUGAACGGUCACAUCCAACGCAACCUCUUGACGGACUGUUUCCUUGGAUACGAGACGGUUGGUAUUGUGUCGGGUUUCUCCAUCCGCAUCGAGCAAAAGGUGUCGGCUCUAAAGCGUCCGAUUUACGAUAGUGUCAAACCGAUCCGCGAGACGUCCAAGUCAUCUCUCAACAAACUUCUCGAAGACACCAGAACUCAAGUGCAGACGUUGGUGGCUUUGCCACAAGAUGGUGCCACCAUCCCCUUGACUGUAACCAUCAUGAAGCGCCUACAGGAAAUGACCAACUACUUACUACCGCUAUCCGGGAUUCUUGCAUCUUUGGGUGACGGUGGUUGGAAAGCUGGUUCGUCCAACAACUCUUCAUCCUCGCUGCCCAUGACCCUAGAUGUGAGCCCCAAUACGAUGCAGCUUUUCGAACAUUAUUGCGCCGACACGAUCGAUACGCUACUACAGAACCUGGAGGGCAAGAGUAGGAUGUUGCUGAAGGGCAAGAACCUACAGGGAGUGUUUGUGGGAAACAACGUAGCUGUGGCCGAUAGAAUGAUACGGUCUUCAGAGCUUGCACCGAUACUCGAAAAUUACGUCAAUAGAAAGCUUGAGCCAUGGAAAAAGAAGGCAUCGGCCAUGUAUCUGGACGCAUGGAGAGAGCCCUCUGGUUAUCUUCUGGAUGUGCAGUAUACAAACCGGAAAGAACGACCACAUUCUGGCGGAGGAGCAGCGCUCGAUUCGGUUGCCAUUGUCAAAGCGCUCGGGUCUAAAGACAAGGACGCCAUCAAGGAGAAAUUCAAGAACUUCAACACGAGCUUCGACAACCUUGUGUCGCAGCACAAGUCGUACAAGAUGGAACGAGAAGUACGGUCACACCUUGGGCGCGAGGUGCAGAACAUCAUGGAGCCUCUGUACGGCCGAUUCUGGGAUCGCUACCACGAGAUCGACAAGGGCAAGGGCAAGUAUGUGAAGUACAGCAAGGUGGAUCUAAACCAGCUGCUGAGCGGACUAUCGUGA